AUGAAUUUCCCAAACCCUGCGUCUCUUAGCGAGGUCGAGCUUGCCGCCCUCGUUAAGGACCUCCGCGAGUAUCUGCUCAGAGUAGAGCAUAUACUCAACAACCAUAACUCCUCCAUCACCACCAACUCCAAUCCCAACGACAACUCCAACAACAACGAAAAUACCAACGACGCUACCAUCUCUCCUUCUCCCGAAAACGCUCAAAUGAGCAUCGAUCCACCCGAUGACACCGUAUUCAUCGAAGUUCGCCGCCGGAAAAAACCCAAACGGGAAAAUCCCAAACGGGAAGAACCCAAACGGGAAAUCCCAAAGCGGCGCCGCACCACAUCCCCCCCUGAAACCGUCGUAAUUGACGAUUUCCUUUCGUCAUCCUCCUCCGAUGAAAGUGAGGAUCUAACCCCCCCUAAGGAGAAAAACCCUCCUCCCAUUCGAAUCCUUAAGAAGGAAUCGUGGGAGAAGGUUAAAUCGUUUGAAGACGAAACUGAAGUAGCUGAUCAUAUUUUGCAAGAUGAUGCUAAAACACAGAAGGAAGAUUUUACUACUUCACUAAAAUACAUAAAGGAAAAAUGCACCGAUGCAGAAGGUGCUAAUACCGGCAGGAAUUCAGCGCAAAAGAGUACAAAAACGGUUGCAGCUUUGAAGGACACAAGAACAUCCAAGGGUGGAUCCAGCAGCAGUAAGGACGAACGCCAAUGCAGCAAGCGUGAUGACGAUAAAUCAAAGAGAAAAGAUGAGAAGUCCGGCGACAAAAAGGAUAAAGACAUUAGUGAACAAAAAUCAUCUUCAAACAAGACUUCGCAGAAGGAUGACAAAGUGAAUACAUCUACAAAAUUGUCGUCCACAGGAAAGCUGACAAAACCUUCACGUAAUCUUUUAGUAUCUGGGUUAUCUUCAUUAACGAGAGCCAGUGAUCUGAAAACUAUAUUUUCUAAAUAUGGCAAAGUUAUCGGAGCCAAGGUGGUCAUCAACUCCCGAACUCCGGGUACAAGUUGUUAUGGCUACGCAACAAUGUCAUCAUCGUCGGAUGCCAGUCGGAGUGUCGCCAAAAGACGUGUGGAUACAACAAAAAAAGAUGAAGACAAGAAGAUACGAGACACAACUUCUAAGACGAGAGACGACAAACAAACUAUUGAUACAAAAAAGGACGAUGUAUCAAAGAAACCUGAAGUGGAGAAGGAUAAGCAACGCGAUAAAGAAAAGGAGAAGGACCAUAAUAAAAAAGACGUAAAUAAAACUAUUGAAAUAGCCAUAAUAGAUCCAGUUGGAAAAGCAGAUGUAGUAACAACCAUUUGGGAGUUACUAAUACCAUGGCAGCGUUAA